AAUAGUUUUAUUGUUGGUUGGUCAAGCUUGACGAAAGUUUAUUUUCUAUUUAAUAAGUCUAAAUAAUGUAUAUAUUCAUGUUUAUAGUAUAAGGCCACAGCAGCAAUAAGCCAAGAGAUAAAAUGGCAUUGUACGAGGGAAUCGCACUCAUCCAGGAAAAGCAAGCAGUGGUGCUCGAUCUCGGUUCAGAGUAUACGAAGUUUGGUUUCACGGGCGAGGCAGCACCUCGCUGCAUCAUACGCUCACAGUUCUGGAGCCCUGAGCUGCGCCGGUUCAAAAGAGUCUAUGACUAUGCCAAUGAAGAUGAGCUAUAUGACAACCUGGUGCACAUGCUGCAUCUACUCUACUUCAGGCAUGUGUUGGUGAACCCUAAAGAGAGGCGUGUGGUUGUGGCCGAGUCACUGCUGACUCCCACAGCUUUCCGUGAAACACUUGCCAAGGUGCUCUUCACACACUAUGAGGUGUCUGGCGUCGCAUGGGCCGACACUCCGCGCCUGUGCGCUUUGACACUGGGUGCGCCCAUCGUACUCGUCGUCGAGAUCGGCGCGCGCGAGGCCGAGGUCUGUGCAGUGGUCCAUGGGUCAGUGGUGCUAAAAGCACUGCAGACAGCCCCAUUGGGUGCUUUAGCGGUGCGGGCCGAGCUUGCGCGCAUCCUCGACGAGGAUAACAAAACAGAGUUGAACCUGGACCCCACUGUGCUCGAAGAUAUUGCAGUGAAAACCUGCCUAGUCACAACGCGCGAUCGAGCUGUACAGUGGGCCUCCGAUUCCCCACCAACCCCAGCCAAGAGCGUGCGCUACCCGCUCCCUUCCGGCGGCGCCGUCACCGUGUCCGGGCGCGCGCGCGAGCUGAGCGCCGAGCCGCUGUUCCUGCGCGACAACGAGUACAGCUCGCUGCCCGACCUCCUGCUGCAGUGCAUCAUGCAGUGCCCCAUCGACGUGCGGCGCGCCCUGGCGGAUAACAUCCUUGUGUGCGGCGGCGGCGCCGCGCUUCCCGGCCUGCGCGCGCGGCUCAAGGCCGAGCUGCAGCACGCGCUCACCGAGCCCGUCUACAACGAACGCCUUCACCUAACGUCACUGAAGUUCCACACCGCUCCCUCGCACUGGAACUGCGUGGCGUGGCUGGGCGGCGCGCUGCUGCUGGCCGGCGCCGGCGCGGGCGCGGGCGCGGGCGAGGCGGCGCGCGCGGCGCCGCGCGAGGCCUUCCUGCGCGAGCGCCGCCUGCGCGACUGGGUGUGCCUGCUCGACAACACGCCGCCGCACCAUCCCGCCAGGGAACAUCACCAGAUCUAACGUGCCGUGCACUCACACAAAAAUCAUGUUGUAACAAACAAACAUGAUUAAUAUCUUGAAACAACAAGGUUCACAAUGUUUGUCCGGGCGCUUGUCUGACUGCCGUACUAACAAUAAAUGCAGUAAUCACAUUUGAAAACUCAUGCAAUAGGGAUGAUGACACACGUGUUGAAUUUUAUAACAAAAUCUAGUAAAAUAGAUAGCAAAUGGGCAAUUUUAAUCACAAUAAUUUGGAUAUUAAAAUAAUAUAUGGAAAUGUUACAAAAAUACAGGACCUGAAAGUUUCAACAUUUAAGUUUUUUUUAACUUCCAAAAACGUUAAAAGUAAGGGUACCAUUCGAUUCCUUACAUUUUAUCCAAAAAAAACAUUGUACGGCAACUAUAUACAUAAACGCAAUAUUUCACCGACAAAAACGCAAUUUUCUUGUUUUGUCCAUACUACAGGAUGGACUCUCAGUGACCGUGACGUCACGGUCACUUAUCGUUUUGUUAGGUCCGUUUCGCGAGUGAAGUACGACUGUCGGACUUUGACUAUAUUUCUGACUUUUGUGUUGCUUUAAUGCAAUGGGUCCCAUAUAGACAUUUGAUCCUAAAAACAAACCCGAUCGAUUAAUACCAUAAAUGAAAAUUAGUCAUGUAGCCUAUUGUUUAUCUUGUUAUCUUUUAAUAAGUUCUUUAUGUAAACGGAUUUUCUCGUGCAAGUACUGCAUUUACGCGUACUGCGUGCGAUAGAGAUAAGAAAUGUCGGGUCAGUGUACGAAAUUAUUCGUGCUUACCAGUCCUACCUAAUGCACAAUGCACAUGU